CGUUGAAUGAAGCAAAAGAAGCGCCGCCACCAGCUUAGGAUAGCCGCAAUCGAAGACCAAAGCUUGAGCGCUGUGCACGAACACUAAGAAGAAUUGUACCUGCAAACGAAGUGAUGAAUUGAAUUGUUACAUUAUUUCGUAUUAAGGGCAGAGCAACGGUACUUGUUGCAGAGAAAGUCUCGAAGAUCGCGUGAGCCUGUAAAAUACAAAAAGAUAGAAGCUCGAUGGUCCACUACGGCCAGAAGAAGAACCAACAAGAGAAAAAGAGAAAGGUAGCUGACUAUUUGAAUGGAAGGAGGGAAUUCGAACGUGGCAGACUAACAACGAUACCGGCAAUACGAUGACGUCGAUGACGAGAACAACAGCUGCAGGAACGGUGCCGUUUAACACUCCCUUGCUUAGAGUUUAGUGGGCGUAUUUAUCAUCGUCGUCGAUCGUAACGUUGCAAGAGAUUAUAUUGUGCGUCCACGGAACGAGGUUGCGAAACCUCCGCGAAGAUAAAUCGCGAAACGCCGUGAAACAUGGUCAUCGCGAGGCAGAAAGUUAAGUCUUACAUGAUCUCAAUUCUUAAAAGCAAGUAGUUAAAUAUGCACAAAAUGUAUAACCAAGGAUCGUUAUUUCGAAAAUGAUCUUAUUUGUAAGAAGUCAGCUGAUCUGUGGCGCUGGCAUAAUUCCGAGCGCGCGAGAUACGCAAGGAAAAAAGCGAGGCAAAUACAAGGGAAACGUGUAUGGGUCGCGGUUAUGAAUUUCCAUUUCGCGUUCUCUGGUUUAGCGACCGCAAAUUUUCGAAGCGUAACUUCACCGUUUCCGUUAGAACGAACGUAUGAUGGUUGUUUUCUAUCAAGCGAAUAUCGAGGUCUAUAUGUCAAAGUUGAAUCAGCAAUAAAUAUCGUCUGACGAUUCUAUGUUGCGAAAUGAGUCAUAUUUUAUGGGGAUAACGUUAAGCAUGUCGCUACUCGUAUUAUUUUACUCGUAUAACUUGCAAGAGAUAAAUGUUUGUAAAUGUAAAAUCGUUCCGAUGCAAAUAAUGUGCACUACCUGAAUGCAAACGAUGCAUAUUUUGUAGUAGAUGUUUUUAAUGUGUAUCUAUGUCGUGGAAUAAUAAUGGCACUGUGCCGCUAUAUGCAGUUUUCAACAUGCGUUACAUGCUUCAUGAAUGUUAUUUGUAGGAAGUGUUGAAAAUGUUCCAGGAAUUAAAUUAUUGUAAUAGAUGUUACAAGUUUUGUCUUUUAACUUGUUGAAACAUCGUGAUGAAUUUCGUUUCUUGCUAUUCAAAAUUGAUUACUUCUUUAGCGUAAACCUCGCGUCGAGUACGUACUUGUCUGUUGACGACGAAAACAAAUGUUAUUACACCGUUAUAUUAUUUUGACCAUUGUUUUGGUCGAAUUGUGGUCUUAUUAUCAAUUGUUUCUUAUUAAUGAAUUUUAGCAUAUUAUGAAGUUUAUCGUUUCAAACGUUAUCCUUAAUGAUGGGUAGCAGUUCAUAAUUACUAUGAGGUAUAUUAUUAUAUCGGAUAGUUUAUACUAUCUCAUAUGCGUUAAACAGGAAAAUCAGAAAAGUUUGUUUUUUAUAAAGAAAAAUACGUCAGUUAAAAUUCGUAGUUACAACUAUAAAUUAUUUUUUCUUUCUAUAAUCCCAUACUUAUUUCUACUUAUUAUUUACCAACAAUUAUAUAAUACAAAGAGUAUCAUGUGACUUUCGCUACUACUAUGAACUAUGAAUCAUCCUAUAGACCCCACGAUAUAAGACCGCCUAUGACCACAUCGCUAAUAUGCAAGCGAAUAAUCGAUUAAUCGAUUAAACUAUCGACUAAUAUGCAAGUUUCUCAGGGAAUGUGCCCGGAUAAAAGAAGACUCGAAAUCAAAAGUACGACGGCCGCGAUUCGAGCAGACUGCACCGUGUUGGAAACCGGUUUCUGCAUUUUCUGAGGCAGCAUGUGACACAGAAACGAGACGGGCUGACGAGAAGAUGAACUGGUGACAUACAUCUCGAGACGUUCAUAAUCGUAGUUUGUUUUAGUCGAGCUUCCAAUGAAUAUGAGCAGCGCACCUCACAUCGAUAGGAUGUCAAAUAUCUACAACAACUCAGUGGUUCGAUUUUAUCACUAUGUGUUUCACGAUCUAUCGGAUCCUCGGACAAGAGAUUGGUUCCUCAUACCAUCACCCGUACCUGGUGCUAGUAUUAUAAUCGGUUAUUUGUAUUUCAUCCUAUCUUGGGGUCCGAGACAUAUGGAGCACAGAAAACCAUACCAAUUAAAGAAAAUUCUAGUCUUCUACAACUUCCUGCAAGUUCUCCUCAGCUUUUGGCUAUUUUACGAAGGUCUGGACGCAGCUUGGCUUCGAAAGUACAGUUGGAAGUGUCAACCUGUUGACUAUUCUAACUCACCAGACGCACUUAGAGUCGCCAGAGGCGUAUAUAUUUAUUUUUUGGCGAAGCUGUCGGAACUUCUAGACACAAUAUUCUUCGUUCUAAGAAAGAAAGAGAGCCAAAUCACAUUCCUCCAUUUGUAUCAUCACACUGUAAUGCCGAUGGCCUCUUGGGGCGCUACCAAAUAUUAUCCGGGUGGACAUGGCACAUUUAUAGGCGUUGUUAAUAGUUUUGUGCACAUUAUCAUGUACACGUACUACUUGCUAGCUGCACUACUACCUCAGUACCAGAAAUAUCUAUGGUGGAAGAAAUACAUCACGACUCUCCAAAUGGGUCAAUUCUGCUUGGCGUUUCUGCACAGCUGCCAAUUGCUCAUUUACGACUGUGACUACCCAAAAUGGUCGCUCAUCAUAAUUCUGCCAAACGCGAUGUUCUUCUACUUCUUGUUCGCCGAUUUCUACAGCAACGCGUAUAAGUAUAACGAAAACUAUUCGAAAUCGAUAGAGGGCAAAGAGAAUAGAGUCGCGAAGAAAGUGGCAAAUGGAAACACGCAAAAUGGAAAAAGGAAAACGGACUAGUCUAGAAAUCCAUGAGUAAGAAACAAGCAACGAGAAGAAGAAAAAUCGACCAGAAUAUUCGCUCGUUGCCGUUGGCUUCAACGCGUUAAAAGUGGAUCAUCUACGAUUGGUCGAUGAAACGACUAUGGGAUGUUUGAAUGGAUUUACAUUCACAGUGACUGUGCUUUUGAUCCUUCAACUUCAAUGGUUCCAUGAACAAUAGGAGCUGAAUUUUACAACCACGAAAAUUUCUUGAAAAUUCCCUAGGAAAAUCGGAAAAACUUAUUUUCUUUGAUUCAUGUCGCGUCUGUUGGCGAUAAUGGGGAAGAAGUGUAUAUUUGCGCAUAAAAUCGAUCGUUUCUCCUUGAUCGUUUGCGGACAGACUGCCAUCUACGAAGUCUUUAACUGCAUGCGUCAAUUAUAACCAUUCAAGAAUGUGGAAUAAUUACUAGCGAUAGGAAUUGAUCAGAAAGGGGAAAGACGCGCGAGAGUUUUAAUUGAAGUUACACAAGGUAAAUUCAGAAGAAAAACGCCAUACUUGUAAUAUCUUCUAAUCGGAGAAAGAGAAUUGUAUAUGUUGCGUCUUGUCGUAACCCUGCUUGUGUGCAUGAAAAAAUACGUUAGUACCUGCUCGACUCUCAAUGUACAGGUCUGUGUCUGUGAAUCAUUAAAGCGAUAAGUGUACAAAAAAUUACUUAAAAAUUUUAUAUAUGUGAGACAUUACGCGAUGCUUGUUACAAGCGUAAUGGAGACAAGACCUAUUUUACUAUUUAGUAGCUUCUUAUCAACUAGUAAACACAGAAAAAGAAUUUAAGGAACAGGAAUUAGUGCAUGUGACAUCUUUAAGAUGUAGGAGAGCUGCCAUUUUAGCAACGUAUCACUUUUUGUAAUUUUUAUGAAUUCUGCAUAAGAAAAAUUGAGAAAUGCUUUUGCUUUUCAUAGUAUAUAAGCGUAUUAUUGCAAUAAAAAAAUUAAUCGUUUUAAUCAAUAUGAAGCCAUAUUUGUUAUUGAGCCUUAAUCAAAAAGGGUGGCGUAUCUCCCGAAUUUACCUUACAUUAAUAUAAUAUUUUAUAGAUUAAUAUAGAAAAUAUUCUAACUAAUCGUUUGACGAUCCGCUUAAAAAGAAUUUAUUCUUGAAUUAUAUCAUUACGACUUAACUAGAAAAUGAAUGUGAGUAUUCACGUACUUUAAAGAAUUUGAAAAUACAGCUUCAUCGGACUAAUUUUUAGUUUUCGUGCCCAAUUAGACAGUAUUAGAUAAAUAAAAGAACAGAUCGUUCUUCUGAAGUAUGUAGACUUACAAUAUAUUACAACGGGAAUGAAA